AUGGUUGAGUUCUGUUAUGCUGGGGUUUUACAGAUUGCUUUGAAUUGGUCCUGCGCAGGGAGCUCCAGCAGCACAGCAGCCACGGAUUGCAAGAACAAUAGCUGGAAAUUCCAAGCUGCUACCCGGGAGAAAGAAAACAUGGAAUCCCAGGAAAAUCUUUUCUUUCCUAAAUUCACCAAUAUAAAGCAGGUUAUGGCAAAACCAUCGGAGCAGAGGCUCAAAAUGUCUGCCUUUGUCCACAACUAUUUAACUUUGUCUGAUAAUGCUUGCAAGACAUUAUGGGGAAGAUUGGAGAAGAACAAAGUCACUUAUGGGAAAACAGAUCUUAUCAGGAUAGCUAAGGAGUACAAGGAAACUGGAUAUGAAAUGAUCAGGGAAAAUAUUUGGAUGUUCUUUGAGAUUUUAGCCACAGGAAUCUGUCACACAGAUGACCACAUAAUCAAAGGAGCAAUGGUGUCUACAUUUCCAGUAAUUGUGGGACAUGAAGCAACUGACGUUGUGGAGAGCUUUGGUAUGUGGAUGUCACCAUUGAAGCCAGGAGAUAAAGUCAUCCCACUCUUCACUCCCCAGUGUGGACAAUGUGCUGUUUGUAAACACCCUGAAGGCAACUUCUGCAUGAAAAACGAUCUGAGUUUCCCGCGGGGGACCUUGCAGGAUGGCACCACCAGGUUCACCUGCAGGGGGAAGCCCAUCUACCACUUCCUCAGCACCAGUACCUUCUCUGAGUACUCCGUAGUGGAUGAGAUCUCAGUAGUCAAGAUUGAUUCAGCUGCACCCCUGGAGAAAGUCUGCCUCAUUGGCUGUGGGUUUUCUACUGGUUAUGGGUCUGCUGUCCAAGUUGCCAAGGUCACCAAAGGCUCCACUUGUGUCGUGUUUGGCCUUGGAGGAGUAGGCCUAUGUGUAAUCAUGGGCUGUAAGGCAGCAGGAGCAGCCAGGAUCAUUGGGGUGGACAUCAACAAAAACAAAUUUGCAAAGGCCAAAGAGUUGGGGGCCACUGAAUGCAUCAACCCACAGGACUUCAAGAAACCCAUCCAUAAGGUGCUAAUGGAAAUGAACAAUGGAGGGGUGGACUUCUCAUUUGAAGUCAUUGGUCGGCAUGACACUAUAGUGUCAGCUCUGUUAUGCUGCCAUGAGGCAUAUGGUGUAAGCGUCAUCAUAGGGGUGCCUCCUGAUGCCCAAGACCUCGGGAUAAACCCUAUGUUGCUUUUGACUGGACGUACGUGGAAAGGAGCAAUUUUUGGUGGCUCCAAAUCAACUGAUUCUGUCCCCAAACUUGUGACUGAUUUCAUGACUAAGAGGUUUCAAUUGGAUUCAAUAAUAACCCAUGUUUUACCUUUUGAAAAAAUAAAUGAAGGAUUUGAUCUUCUGCGCUCUGGAAAGAGCAUCCGUACAGUCCUGACGUUUUGA